UCUAAAAACAAAAUUCAACAAAUUGGCAGCCCUGGUUCUAAGAAGUCGUUUUAUUUUCAACGAGCGAAUUGGCGGCAUGGUCUGUUUCGUUUCUUUCUUGCAGUAUUUAUUGGAUUAAAACACGAUUGAUGGUCUAAAGAAAAUGUAAAUAUUUUCUGAUAUUGAUUCUUUUCUUUUAGCUAAUUUCUUUUUCAUGUUCGACAGCAAAAGUGGCUUUAUAAUGACACCACUUAGUCAAACUUCCUCGUCAGAAAAUGUUGCUUUUAUGAAGGGAGCGAUCGUGAGAAUCCAUUUGAAAGAUUUCAUGACAUAUAAUGAAGUAGAAUUAAUACCAGGCCCGAAUCUGAAUUGGAUUCUUGGUCCAAAUGGAAAUGGUAAAUCUGCCAUUGUUUCUGCCAUCUGUCUUGGAAUGGCUGGAAAACCAAGUACUAUAGCAAGAGCUAGUUCGCUUUCAUGUUAUGUGCGGCAUGGGGUAAGCAAGGCAAUCAUCAAUAUAGAGCUGCACAAUUCUGGAGGCCAGAAAUUUCUUGUAACCAGAGAAAUAACAUUGGACAACAAAUCUGCUUGGAAAUACCAAGGAAAACCUGUCUCUAGUGCUCAAAUUGAAGAUGUUAUUAGAAAACUGAAUAUACAAGUAGAUAAUCUCUGUCUAUUCCUGCCACAAGAACAAGUACAAAAUUUUUCUCGGCUGAAGGAUAAGCAGCUUUUGAUUGGCACAAUGAAAGCAGUUGGAAAGCCAGAGUUGGAAGAGCAGUUUGAAGAGUUGACAAAAAUGCAAGGUCAGCUUGGAAAUGAAUCAUUAAAUCAAGAAAAGGAUGAAUUAGAAUUAAAGAAACUCCAGGACGAGAAUAAAAGAUGGGAGAGUGAUGUUAAAAGUUUUAAAGAAAGGGAAACACUGAAGGCAAAUGUUAAAUACCUGGAAAAAAAGAAAGUUUGGCUAAUUAACCAACAAGUAUUUGAUUAGAUUUCAGAUAAAAGUCAAUUGCGAAACCCACCUUAACCCCUCCAUUUUUGUUGCAAACAUUCAGAAAUAGAUAAUGAUAAAUUUGCAGCUUUGACAGUUAAUUUAAGU